UCGUUUGGAUGUCUUUCGCCCUCCCUUCUGUGCUUGCACCAGACUCUGCGCAGUGCAUUUACGUGACUGUAUUUCUGACCCUAUAUCAGAACCUGUGUUAAAUAGGCGAGAGAAAGAGAUGCAAGCUCCGUGACACCGGUGCAAUGCAGCUUUGAAGCUUUGCACCUCUGAAAAUUCUAACUAAUGUGCUGACUUUGGAGCUGUGCAGUGUGUGACCAGCCAUGGAAAAUGACCAAAGCACAACAUCAACCUCUACGACAGCAGUCAGCACGUCGCCCAGGACACAGGCACCGCAAAUCUCAGUCUACAGCAGCUCUGACAGACAAGCUGUUCAAGUAAUCCAGCAAGCUCUGCACCGACAGCCCAGUACUGCAGCCCAGUAUCUACAGCAGAUGUAUGCGGCACAGCAGCAGCAUUUAAUGCUGCAAACUGCAGCACUCCAGCAACAGCACCUGAGCAGCACACAAUUGCAAAGCCUGGCAGCUGUCCAGCAGGCAGGAGGGCGUCAGUCUUCUUCACCUACUGGGAGCAUCAGCCAACAAUCAAGUGUAUCACAGACCUCAAUUAACCUCUCGGCAUCUCCUUCGGCUACUCAGCUGAUCAGCCGUGCUCAGACCGUCAGCACUUCAGGCAGUGGAAUCACCCAGCAAGCCAUGCUUCUCGGCAACACCACCCCCACCCUCACAGCAAGCCAGGCGCAGAUGUACCUCAGGGCCCAAAUGCUGAUUUUCACUCCCACUGCUACUGUAGCUACUGUGCAGCCAGAUAUUCCUGUUGCCUCCUCUUCCUCUUCCUCAGUGUCUACAUCCACACAGGUUCAGAAUCUGGCCGUUCGGAGCCAGCCUUCGGGUGCCUUACCUGCUGCAUCCCCUCAGAGCAUCCCAUUAAAAGGUACCUGUCAAGCACAGCAGCUCCCAUUGAGCCACACAAAGCAGGCAGGGCAAGGAGCUGGCCCUAAAGCCAACCAACAUGACUCGACCCCUGAAAGCAACAAGAAAGGAGAGAGCCUGACCUCAGUCAGCCCUGAGACUCGGGUGUCCACUGUUACCAGGUUACAGAUGCCAGCAAACACGCAGCAGUUAAUAGCCCCUGCACCCUACACACCAAUUCAAGCACACCAGCUGAUUAAACAGCAGCAGAUUCCACUGCACCAAUCAACAUCGAAAGCACAUCAUCAACUUAUUAUCCAGCAACAGAUCCAACACAGACAGCAACUGCAGCCUCUAGCUCUUCAGGCCCAGGCUUCUGACCCUCCACAGUCUCAGCACUGCCUGCCAAUCCAACCCCACAGUCAAUCGCUAAUCCAGGCCUCUUCCCAAUCACCUCACUGUAUAUCAACUCAGGCCCAUAGCCAACCAUUGAGCCAACCUUCAGCUCACUCUCAUCCUCAGAGCCAGCAGCAGACAGUUGUGGUCUCUCCAGUACCCUCUCAGUCACCGCCGAGCCCACCAGCGUCUACGAUCAUCAUCCAGCCACAGGCACUAAUACAGACGCAGUCUCACAGCCUGGUUCACACGCAUCUGCCAUUGGGCUCCAGCCAGCAGCCAACUUCAGCUCACGUGCCAUCAAGCCAACAGCCACAGCCAGCGCACAUACUGCCUGCCCAUCGCUCACCGGUCGCUCAGAUUGGGCCUUUGCGACAGUCAAGUCCAGUGACAACGCAGUUAUCUACUCCACCCCAGCAGCAACAUCCAACGCUGGUGUCACCUUUGCAAGAGGUGCCCUCAACGGCCCCAGGUCACCUCCAGCGGCUGCCGUUGCAGUCAGUGCAGAACCUGACGGUACCAUCAGACAUUGUUUCCUCCACUCAAGUGCUACCGCAGACUGUCCUACAUUCACGGGAACAACUCCCUGCUGCCCAGGCUCUGAUUCAAAUGCCCUUCCAGGCUCUUCCCCCACCCCAGACCAUUGCUGUUAAUCUUCAAGUCCAGCCAUCGGCACCAGUGGAUGCGCCACUGGUCUACCCUGCGGAAGACCACGAGAUGAGGGAGGACCAGGAAGAAUGCUAUGCAACACACAGACCAGCUUCAACACCUCCCUCUGAGUCCGAAUCCUCUAUUUCCACAGCACAAGGAGAAGCUCUGUCAACUGUGGACAUUUGCCAAGAACAAGCAGGGCCACCUAAUGUGACUUCAGCAAGUGCUUCUGUUAUCAGGUCCUCUGCAGACACCUUGAGAUUCUCCAGUCCUUCGUCUCUCAUUGUCCCGCCUGCAAAACUGAAAACCAAUGGCACAGUCUCUUCCAGCAAUCUUCCUGGAGUGGACAACAAGCCACCACAGGCUAUUGUGAAACCGCAGAUCCUCACUCAUGUCAUUGAAGGCUUUGUUAUUCAGGAGGGACUGGAGCCAUUCCCUGUGAGCCGCUCUUCGCUGCUGACAGAGCAGCCAGUGAAACAGAAGAUGCACUGCGAAGGUCCAGCCACAUCCCCCACUUCUGUUCAGUCAGUAGGUGAGCUCCAGAGCAACUCAGGCAAACAGCUGGAAGGGUCUCUUGACAGCGAUUUGGAUGACCUUACUGGUGAAGAAGGGAUGGAGGGCAGUGAUCCAGACAUGCUAAAGUGUGAGUUCUGUGGGAAGAUGGAUUAUGCUCACAAAUUCAGAAGAUCAAAGCGUUUCUGUUCAAUGUCAUGUGCUAAAAGGUACAAUGUUGGCUGCAGUAAACGAAUGGGGCUUUUUAAAUCAGACAAGAGCACACGUUGGACGAAGAAAACAGAACCCCAUGGGUUCAACCGACGAGGAAGGAGACCUAAUAUCACUGAAGGAGCAUCAGCCGAUCACUUUAUGAGACAGAUGCCUGUUAGCUUCAGUCCUGUAGAAGAGGCCACAACAACCUCCACCCCACCACUUCCUGAAGAAACUGUUGCUGUUGCCAUGACAACACGCCGCCGGCAGAAUGAGCGGGAACGUGAACGGGAAAUGCGAGAACAGAGGAUGAGGGAGGUGCCAGACUGCAGUGAGACACUACAUGUGGACCCAACAUUGUGGACAGUUGACCAUGUAUGGGAGUUCAUACAUUCUCUUCCAGGUUGCAGGGAUAUUGCUGAUGAAUUUCGGUCCCAGGAAAUUGACGGCCAGGCUCUGCUCUUGCUGAAGGAGGACCACCUAAUGAGUGCCAUGAACAUCAAGCUCGGGCCAGCGCUCAAAAUCUGUGCUAGGAUCAACAUGCUUAAGGAAUCGUAACCUCUCCAUCUCCAGCAAAUCAAUUGAUUUAAAAGAGCGUGUAUUCAAAUCUGAGCAAGUGCAAAGGUAGAGCAGUUUAUAUACUGGCCAGGACCUUGUGGUGGACCAGAGAGCAAGGAGUCAGCAUAAUGUAACCUGAAGAACUUUGCCUUCAAGUCAACACUCCAGACUGACUUCACUCUUAAUGGGAACUUGCACGUGACAGACCUUUACUAAAAGCUAAAACAUGCUCAUUCAAUUCAUGCCAUUUCUCGCCAAGGUUUGAAUCAGUCAUAGCAUUGUUGUAACAAAUGUAACAUGACUUGCAGCCACUGCUUCCCAUCACAGGACUUCUCUCCCCUCUGAUCUUGAUGUAUUCUUAUUAAUUUCAUUGGUUUACAAACUUCUAUCAAUUUCUUCUUAACAUCCUAUGUUGCUAACACUAUGAGUAUACCCCUCAAUACGGCAGUUCCAAAAUUAGAUGGCUCAUUUUUGCCUUCUCAAGGAUAGACGAGGGAUGAGCAGUAUAUCUGGCCUUGCCAGAGACCACCACAUCCUGAAUGAAAGAAGACAGACAUAAUACAAAAUAGGAGUAAACUAAAGUAGAUUUCACAGCCCUAGGCCUGAUAAUUUUACUGCCUGUAGUUUAAAAUUAGAAUCACAUUAAAGCAAAAUACUGCAGGUACUAAAAACUUGAAGUAAGAGCAGAAAAUGCUGAAGAAACUCAGUAGGUCUGGCCGCAUCUGUGGAGAGGAAAACAGAGUUAACAUUUCAAGGGAACAGCUCAGAUGAUGUCAGGCAUUGAACUGAAAUGUUGACUCUGUUCCUCUUUCCACAGAUGUUGCUAGAUCUGCUGAGUUUCUCCAGUAUUUAAUGUUUUUAUUUAAAAAAGAGUCAGUCAGCUGGUAGUGGAAAAGCUUGCUGCAACUCAUCCACCACAUCUUUGUAAUUCUCCCAUUCCAGACAUCUUCUGCAGAACCCGGUUUUGUCUGUGGAGCAGGGGACAAGGAAGUUACAGUUGAGACCAGUGAUUUGUGACUACCAGCAGACUAUUUUUAAAAGUUCCUGAACCAACAAUUCACACCUGACUUUGGGCCAACAGAAAUCUUCCGCAGAGAGUGAAGUGUUCAGACUUACAGCAGGAACAGCAUAACAAUUCUGCGUCCAUCACAAUGUCAGAAAGAGAUGACACACUGUGGAGCUUGAGGAGUACAGCAGGCCAGGCAGCAUCAGAGGAACAGGAAAGUUGACGUUUUGGGUCAGGACUCUUCUUCAGAAAUGCUCCUCCAGCUCUGCACUGUUAUCUCUGAUUCCAGCAUUGGCAGUUCUUACGAUCUCACAAUAUCAGAAAGUGCUCUUUACAUGAACUUCCACAGAAUAUGUCAAAUUAAGGGCAAAUUUAAUCCUUGUUCUCUUUGACUCAGUUCUUAGGAUGACAUAUAAAAGAUUCAGUCAAAAACACAGUGAAUUUUGAAUUUUUUUUAUUUUUAUUUUAUUCCACCUGAUACUGCCAUUGAUGUUUACGCAAUAUUUUAAAAGCUAAUAUUUUAACAAGAAGGCUAAACUAUGCCUUUGCAUAGCCAAUCAGUGCACUAGAGAUUAUUUUAGAGGGGGUGUCAGUUUAUUUUCCCAGGAGCUAGUUUAUUAAUCUAAAGGAUUGCCUGCAAAGAAUCUGACAAAUUAUUGAGAAUUGGAGAAUACAUCAUAUCAUUGGUGAUAGAACUUUUGAACUUUGAGCAAUGAAAUAUUGCAAGGCAGUAAGCCUUUUGUUCUAUUUAGGCUGGUAUUUAUAUUCAAUGGAAUGUGUGGCCAGUGCCAGAUAUGGAUCAAGUCCCUUCAAUGUAAUCUUUAUCAAAAAUUACAGAUAUAACAUACAGUUGAGCAUAAGGCAUGCUUUUCCUACUCCUUUAUUUCUUCAAGUUGCUUUCUUUCACCUCUUAGAAGUGUUUGUUUCCAUGAGUUCUAGUUGAGUGGUUGAUAUGCGUCCUCUGCUCCUUGGCUGUUCCUCCAUCAUGGUAGUCUCUCUGACCCUUGUAGUUUGGCACAGCCAUGUAUGUUUCCAUUUCCCAACAAGGAUCCCUGAACAGCAGUCAGGAGCAGGAAUUGAGUUUGAAUUUAACUCUUCCCUCUCUAAUCCAAGGCUUAUGAAACAAUUAUAGUAAUCUGACUCCUUGACCCUAAAUGGUUGCCAUCUUCCCAGGAUACCUUUGCUGGUUAUAAAGAAAUUGUGAGUUAAAAGUGGUUGUGCUGUGAUAUUCAAGAAUAAUCCAAGUGGGCAAUGAAGAAUCAAUUCAGUUUACAAUUGGUGCAGGAAGGCAGAGCAAGUUAGGUUGGACAUACCUAUUGAAACUUAUACAGACGUAACUUCACCAUUUGGAACUGAGUUUUAUCUACAAAUAUUUUGAUUUGCCAGUUGUUGCUAUCUCUCUAAAUAAAUUUCCUGCGUGUGUUCAGCACCCUUACUCACAUUACGCUGUUAUUAUGGUUUCAUUUUAUUGUAACUAUUGAAACAGAAACUCCAGUCAUACAGUCAAAAUGCAAAUUCCUGAAUUAGCCUCAGAUUGACUAUCAUCCUAAAAUGUGGAACAAGGGCCACCAGAACUUUGAAACAACUCUGGACAAGCACUUGUCUCACUGACAUGAGACAGCAAGUUCAACAGCUAAGUUCUUUCAGUCUCCCCUUCCUGUUUAAACAUGUGCUUUUAUAACUCAAGUUGAAGAGUUCUCUGAGGGUUAGAUUUUGAAGUCGCCUCCCCAGUGUGAAACUGUCAUAUCUCACUUCUUUCAUCUGUGAGUUGUGGAAUCAAGUGUCAUCUGCAACUGAGUUGGUCUUGCUUCUGAGUCUUAACAUUCCAGGUUCAAGUCCCAAGCAAGGGCUGGAGUACAAAAUCAAGUUCAACAGUCCAGUGCGGUACUGAGAGAGCAUUGCUCCGUCCAAGGUUCUAGCUUUGGAUGAUAUGAUAAACAGGCCCUAUCAAUAUGUCUGCUUGGGUGCAUAAAUAACAUUUCAUGACACUGUUUUAAAGAAGAGCAGAGAGGAGUCAUCUUUGAUAGUGCAGAUUGCCUCUGUCUCUAAAUAAUAAGUCAAGAAUAAAAUAUGAAACAAGUUCAUUUGGAUCCUUUGACUAUCAUGGCAAUUUUCAAUAAUUAAAUUAUAUCUUAAACCUUAAAGUCAAGUUUCAGUGACUUUAAUCUAUAUGUCAAUGAUGUAACGAACAUAGUGCCCACUUUAGUGAUCCAUAAAAACACACACAACAACUGAAUGUAAGCAUGAGGAGUAGGGAGAAAACAUGUAUUUUGCACAUAUGUAUGUUCGCUAUGGGUUGAUGGCGUGAAGAAACAGGUGUAAUGUCAUUACAGAUGGUACAGUACAAACAGGUAGAGGAAUGUUCCAGAAAAUAACUGCUCACAUGCAAAAGGAGAAAAACCUCAGUCAGAUCUAGCUCAGUGAUAUUCAUUACAUUGCAUUACGCUAAUGACAAAUAAAGUAAAUUCAGAAAAAAGUACUGAUUCUAUUGGCAAGAAGAGUCAGUAAUCAGAUUUUACAGGUUUAAGAGAAUGGGCAAAAGAACCAUGUGGGAGAUGAGAAACUUAUUUCAUGUGGUGAGCUGUCAUGAUCUUGAAUGCACUGGCUGAAAUGAUGGUGGGAGAAGAUUCAAUCACUUUUCUAAAAAGAAAAUUAAAUAAAUAUCUGACUGAGAGCUUCACAAGGCUAUAGGAGAUUACAGUUUAGUACCUUCAAAUGGUGUAAUGACAUUAAUCUGCACUUUAUGAUUAAGAAGGAAAGAAGAUUUGCAUUUUUGUUACACCCUUCACAAAUGUAUUUCACAGUCACUGCUGUUUGUGUUAGAAACAUGGCAGCCAACUUGCAUACCGCAAGCCUGCACAAACAGGAACAUGAUAAUGAGCAGAGAUAAUUUCUCUAUUGUGAAGUCAAUCAAAGUAUAAAAUCAGAUGGGUCCAAAGUUUGCUCCUAUCAGCAUUAAGUUUGAGGCUUUGAUAUUCCAAGCAGAACUGUUGAAGUGGGUGAAAUCAGCUUGUGAGAUGUACGGAUCUGAAACACUGAUCCCGAUCUUAUUUUCAUAGAAAGUAGUCAGAAAAGCACAAUUUUUAUAAGGUGAUCACAAGGAUUUCUGUUGUACUUGGCAAUUGCUGUCUUUUUAAACCAUAAAUAAAAUAAAAACUUGCAUUCGUAUCAUUCCUUUCAUAACCUUGGGUAUUGCAAAAUGUUCUUGAGGAAAUUAAAUAUUUUUGAAGUGUAGUCACUGUUGUAAUGUAGGAAAUACACUAGCUAUUUUAUGCACCACAAAAUGGCAAGAUGAUAACAGACCAGAUAAUGUUUUACAGUGAUGUUGGUUGAGGGAUAAUACAUUGCAAUCUUAAAGCAUGAUGACUAUUUAAAAUUAAUGGUUAUAAACAGAGGAAGGUUAAAGAUAAUUAGCAAGAACUGCAACAGGCUCCUAUAUCUCGAUCUCAAAAAUCAUCUUAGAAACUCCAGUUGUAUGAUGCUGUCUGUCUGUUCCCUCUGCGACAGGACACUGGAAUAAUAGGUCAAGACACCAGAGAAGUUUCCUCUGCCCUUCCUUGAAAAAGUGCCAUGGUAUGUUUUACUUCUACCUGAGAGGGAAAAUGAGGUCUCAAUUUUAACAUCCCACCUGAAAGAUGGUAUUUUCAACAGUGUUACUCUCCCUCCAUGCUGUACCUGCAUAUCAGCCAGCAUUUUGUUUUCAAGUCUCUGGUCUUAGAUUUGAAACCACAAGCAGCUUUUACUCGCCUUCUCUCCUCCCAGUGCCUCUCAGCGCUGAAUGUUCUUUAUCAUCUGCUCGGUGUUAUUUGGAUAAAUCCAUAAAUAUCCAAAGGUAGGGUUACAAGGGGAUUGCAUGUCAGUCACUGUGUUGUACUGCAUGAAUCCAUCUGACUUCUAUUACUUAGGUUGACACUUCUCGUGCAGUACUGAAUUGUCCAAAGUACUGAUAAGAGGUUUUUAAGUCAAGACUCCAUCUGCCCUCUCCACUGGACAUAACAGAAUUCAAGGCAUUAUUUUCUCCCCUAUCCCUGGCAAACAUCUGCCUCUCAACCAGAGUGUCUGAUUUUGCUGCGCUAGUUGACAACCUUGUUUCAUACAACAAAGUUUUGAGGCUUCAAAAGUAUUUAAUUGGCUGUAAAUCAAGCCCAUCUGUCAUGCAGAAGUAGAUGCAGGGUGAUACAAUGCAGAUCAGUUAUGAUCUGGUUGAAUUGACCCAUAUUUUCCAGUGUUUAAGAUGCAAACAUCCCAUGCCAAAGAACAGAAAUAAAGAAUUAUCACAGGUAUUCGCCAAGAAAUCUGUCUUAUACCAUCGUGGCUGUCAGACUAAGAAUAAUGAAAGGACCAGAUCAAGUACUCAAGGAUAUUCUUAUUUAGUAUUGUACUCACUGUUAAGGAAUGAGACUGAAACAAUCAGGAAACAUGGAUUUAUACCAGAGAUUUGCAAUCUGUUUUCUGCAGUUGCAGUGGUUUAUCUAUUUUGUUCAAUUAUGCUGGAAUACUAAUUAUUUUAAAUGUGUGCAUAAGCCUAGGGAUGUGUUGUUGUGAAGGUCUGUUACUAUGCAUUAAAGUGGAUGCAAAAAUCUUGCAGCAGAAUUUUAUAAACUAAAAAUACUUCCUGGGAAUUUCAGCCCUAUUUUCAUGGGGUUACGUCAAUUUGUAGGACACUGUUUCAUGGUUUCUGGAAAGUCAGCUUUGAAUGUUCUAAGAAGUUAUUUUGUGUUCUAAGAGUUGAGUAAAGGCGAGCACUGUUCCUCUACCACUAUGCUGAGUGGGUGCCCAACAGCUGACUGAGUACAAUGUAGUUACACACUGCUGUCUAUUCUGAGUAUUGUAGUGGCCUGUACUCAUUCCUGGGCUGAAAGACAAUCUUUGACAGCAGACAUGACUACAAUGUAUUUGUGGGUAACGUUGGGAUUACCAGUUGCAACACUAUUUCAAUGGAUUGUCUUUUAGCCCUGGUGCACCAUGACAUAGCCCCUUUAAGUGUUUUGCAGAACCAAUGUAAAAACUGUGAACUUUUGUCAAAUAAGGCUUUGGAAAGCAGCCUAUAGAAACUGUAUUGUGUAGCUUACAGACUGUUAAUGUUUAUAGUACCAUGCUGAUAAGCAUCCAAAUUGCUGAUUUCAUUGAAGACGUUUACACAAAUCAAAGCUUUGGCAAAGCCAACUUUGAUAGUUUAGAGGAAGCAUUUUGUUUUUCACAGGUUGCCAUCAGUGCUAGAGAAGGAGCAUCUCUGACUCUUUCCAAAAGUGACUGUUUAUAGUGUUCUCUGAGGUAGGAGCAUACUCAUUGUCAAAUCAUGUUGCUGCACUCAUUGAGGACAUUGCCCCAGUGGCUUGUGUGCCAACCCAACUGAGUCUUACAUCAUAAUUUUGUGGAAAGAAAAAUGUCAGCCUUUCAAGAUGAAUUAUUGCAUUGUACUGUUUUAUACAUGGUGUAUUUUUAUCGUUAAAUGUGCAAUUGUUGUUUAAGGACUGUGGUAAAGUCACUUUAGAGCCACUGUGCUGGUCCACAUCUGUAACAAAGUGUUUAGUGUAAACUCAACCAGCCUCAGCGUUUUAUUGUGACCAUACACGCCCAAUUCCCUCCUCCCACCCCCGUAUGUGUUAAUGUUUUCAGUUAAUAAAAAAGUUCAAAAAUGUAA